AUGUGCGUCAAAACAAUUCUAUUCAUUCUAUUCGUAUUAUUAAUUCGAAAUACUUGGAGUAAAGAAAAUUCUCCAUCUUCAGACGAACCUUGUACUAUGUCACAUAAUGGAACUUUACUCCAUGAAGGUGAUAUUAUUGGUAUUAAAGGCAAAUUAUAUAAAUUUGAAGAUUGUGGACUUCAUCGAGCUUAUCAUGUAUGUGGAACUCAAAUUAUGUCUAUAAUUAGUAUUGUUUGUCAAGCUUUAUACAAAGAAAAACCAUCUUUGCCAGGAAUACGUUAUUCAAGAUUCGUAAGACAAAAACUACUCACAGAAGCUUGUUGCCAUGAUGUAUGUACCGUUUCGGAAAUGACACGUUAUUGUCCUUGA